CAAGACUUAUAAGUCUGUCAUCUCACAUCUGUCAGGUUAAAAAUAUAAAUCUUAGGCUAGGCCAGUGAGUGUUGCAUUGGCUAUAGGCCUAGAGUUUCAAAAACCACCGAAACUAGAAGCAGUAUUACGUCAUAAAAAAUAUAUUUGGUUUAGUUAGGUUAGGCUUUCGGAUUGUCAAACUGUAACAUACCUAUCUCAGCACAAUGAUUGUAUUAAAUCCAAGAUCUGAGUCCAAAAUGACCAAGUUGACAGGACAGUUUCGCAGCACUCAGUGGGAUCCGAUGUUGAUUAUCGCUCAGAUCAUAGCACUUCAGAGUGUCUACUAUGUUGCUCUUGGACUAUGGUUGGCUGCGGUCAAUUUGCUAGUUGGCACUUCAAGAUCGCUCGAUCACAUAUUCCGCUAUCAAGAAAUUCAUGUUCGAGAUGUACCGGGAAAGCUAAUAAUCGCUUCUUUUGUCCUCAACUCUUUAACUGGAGCCUGUGGUCUGUGGUGCCUAGUGCAGAGGACUAAGCAGUGUCUAGACUUUUCAUGUACUGCUCAUCUUAUACACCUGGUGAUCUGUUGGACGUACAAUGGACACUUUCCCUCGUCCAUCAGUUGGUGGUUGCUGCACAUCGCGUGUCUUGCCAUCAUGUGUAUCUGCGGAGAGUUCCUCUGUAUGCGAACAGAGCUCAAGGCCAUUCCGCUCAACAUGGGGCCCAAGGCAGACUUAUAACAUUUGUAAGUCUUGGCAGUGGGUUUGAAAUACCAGUGUAGGUUGUUGAGGUUUGAAGAUAGAGUCAACUCGCAUGUGUAAAUGAGAGCUAAAGUGAACGGUUUACGGAGUCCACGUAAAUCAAGAUCUAAUUCACUAUGGUUCUUAGACAAGUGGUAUGUAAUGAUACAGCUGGCUCUUAUUUUAUCCUAGAUUGUAAAAAUUUAACCAAAUUGUACUUGUAAGCCUACAGCUAGUUAUUUUUAAAAUUCAAAAUACCAAAUCUCUUAGUUUCUACCAUUUUACAUUAAUAAUUUAGACAUACUUUUCUCAUGUAAAUGUUUACUUCAGUUUUACCAUUACAGUUUUAAGUAGGUAUACAAAUAAUAAGUCUGAAAUCAAAAUUUGGAGUUGAAAGUAAACAAAUGGUUUAGGUAACAUCUUGUUUGAUCUUGAAAUAAUUAAAUACUUUGCUAAAAACUAGGUUGUGUUUUUAGUUUAUUUGUCUAAUACUGUACUGAAACGUUACAUGUUACUCACAACUAAAUAUCUUUAAUUCCAAUUCAGAAAUCUUUUACUGUAGCUAAGUGUCAAUCUCAGUCUGAAAUUGAAACAACAAUUACUCUAAACCAACCAAUAAGUAAAAAAUCAUCUAUCCAAGCUUAAUGAACACAAUGAAGAAAAAAUCUUGAUGUCCAGACAUUAUGAGUAAAUUCUUUGUACAGUAGACUCCCGAUCAUCCUUGAUAAUGAGUGGCUGAGUGAUCAAUGGAUAAUCUAAAUCGUGGAUAAUGCAAACCCAACCUGAACUAGUUGGGAAAUAACUUUGAAUGUAUAGUUAAGCUUUAAUGCAGGUUUAGAUAAUAUAACGUUUAAGUGAAUUAUAAAUAGCUUUUUAAAAUUUGUUUCACACACUUAUAUUUUUAAAACAAACAAUAUUGAAGAGUAUAUUAUUCAUAGGCCUAGUAAUAAAAAAAUUAAAACACAUACAAAAUGUAACUUACCAUCUCGUUAGGUGUAAUCAAUGGUUCAUAGUGGACGGUGAAGUAAAUAAAGAUAACUCUAUAGUCUGACCGUGAGUGUCUCACUACGCCAAACGUUUUGUUCAUCACUUAAUAACGUCCAUAUAUGUUUUAACUCAAAUUUCUCUUACGAUCGUGGUUAUUCCACAGUGUGAUUAAUCCACUUGUGGGUAGUCGGUAGUCUACUGUAUCAAUAAUAGCUUCAGUCAGUUUUGAAACUGUUAAAUAUACAUUUUAACAGGGAGGACCAAAAUAUUCACUGUAAAUAGAAGCACCUUUAGUUAGUUAUAAUUAGUGUACUUUAACCCAGUUAAUAAUUUAAUAUUAUUUAUUUGUUAUAUUGUAUUGUAAUUUAUUUUUUAUUAAAAA